AUGGUAUUCGCUGCUCAUUAUAGGUGCGGAUGCUUCAUCUUCGUCCACCACCAACGCCAAUACAUCCCCCUUGUCAAAACCGAGGCACGGAGUCUCAUCCUCGCCAACGCCUCACGCACAUCUCUCACACAGACUUUUGUCAACCCCCUAAAGGACCGGAAUUUGGAAGAGCUUCGAUACGAGUUCCCUCUUUAUGACGGUGUUUCCGUCGUCUCCUUCACCUGCACAGUCAACGACCGCGUUAUUCAUGGUCGUGUCAAGGAGCGCCAAAAGGCCCGUGAGACCUAUGAUGAGGCGGUCCGCCAGGGCCAGACAGCCGGUCUGCUUGACCAGUCCCUCGAUGCCUCUGAUGUCUUCACCAUGAGAAUAGGCAACGUCCCGGCUGGUGCCCUGGUAAAGGUUGAGAUCGUCUACUUGGGCGAGCUUAAACAUGACGCAGAGAUUGACGGCUUGCGUUUCACCCUGCCCACGUUUAUUGCGCCUCGAUAUGCAGCGUCAGAACUCGUUGAUACCCAUGGGGCUUCCAACGUACGGGCUACCGGGGGGGUCUCGGUCACUCUUGAUGCUCAGCUUCCAGUCGGUUCCUCGAUCAAGACGGUCCAGUCUCCCUCACAUCCUAUAUCCGUCCAGAUUGGUUCUUGCUCGACAGACUCCAAUACGGAUGAGCCAUCACUCCAAAAGGCAUCAGCAACAUUGUCGCUAGGAUCUGCGGAGAUGGACAAAGACUUCAUCCUUCAGCUUUCCGCAACUAAGCUAGGCGACCCGAGCGCGGUGUUGGAAACACAUCCCACCAUUCCCAACCAGCGCGCCCUCAUGGCCACCCUGGUUCCCAAGUUCAACCUCCCCGCAGACAAACCUGAGAUUGUCUUCGUCUGUGAUCGAAGCGGCAGCAUGGGCGGCGGGCAACAGAUCCCCAACCUUAUCAAGGCACUCAACACCUUCCUCAGGUCCCUCCCCGUGGGUGUCAAAUUCAAUAUCUGCAGCUUCGGCAGCAGCUACGAAUUCCUGUGGCCCAGGUCCGCGGCGUACAGCCAGGAGAGCCUCAACAAGGCCGUCGACUAUGUCAAGACCUUCUCUGCCAACUUCGGAGGCACCAACAUGUACCAGCCCGUGGAGGAGACCUUCAAACGCCGCUACGAGGACAUGAACCUGGAAGUGUUCCUCCUCACUGACGGUGAGAUUUGGGAUCAAGAGAGGCUCUUUGAGCUGAUCAAUGCCCAUGUGGCGACCACCAAGGGCGCAACCCGCAUAUUCUCCCUCGGCAUCGGCCAUGGCGUGAGUCACGCUCUUAUCGAGGGUGUUGCCCGAGCCGGUAAUGGCUUCGCCCAGACCGUGGCCGACAACGAGAAGAUGGACAAGAAGGUCGUGCGGAUGCUCAAGGGUGCAUUGACCCCCCAUAUCACGGACUACAGCCUUGAGAUCAAGUACUCGCAAAAGCCGGAGGACAAGGCGGGUGACGAUGAGGACUUUGAGCUGGUUGAGAAGAUUGAAAGCUUGACGUUCUCUGGCGCCACCGCAACCGAGUCCGAGAAACCACCCGCUUACCAGGCCCCGAAGCCCACCCUCUCACUAUUCGAUAACAGCAUCAAAGACAAUGAGGAUCCUGAGCCUCCCAAUGCCUCUGGUGCUGAUGGCAAGUUCGACCACCUCCCAGAUAUCAAGAACCCCACCUACCUCCAGUCACCCUACCAGAUCCCCCCUUUAUUCCCAUUCCACCGCUCAAACGUGUACGUCCUUCUAUCGGAAUCCUCGCCAGACAAGGUGGCCAAGUCCGUCGUGCUCAAGGGCACCUCGCGCCACGGCCCCCUCGAGCUAGAAAUUCCCAUCACCGUGCUCCCCGAGAACGGUGAGAUGAUCCAUCAGCUAGCUGCCCGGAACGCCGUCAAGGAGCUGGAGGAGGGCCGCGGCUGGAUCUUCCACGCCAAGGACUCCAAGACCGGCCAGCUCCUCAAGACGCAGCACGACGGCCGCUUCUCCGACCUGGUCGAGCGCGAGGCCGUCCGUCUGGGCGUCACCUACCAGGUUGGCGGGAAGUGGUGCUCCUUCGUCGCGGUUGACAGCGAAGGAGGCGACGACCAGGCCCAACCUCGGGCCCAGUCCGUUCAGGCGGCGGUGGAAUCUGCCAUGCCUCUAUCAUUUGCUUCUAACUGGGGAGUUGUUGCGCCAGGGGGUGGCGGAUUCGGUGUUCCCCCACCACCAAAAUCUUCUGGUCUGUUUGGAGGUCGUCCAAUGGCGAGGAUGUUGGCAGCUCCGCCUCCGCCUGCCGCCGCGGCCAUUUCCAGCCCCGAGCACAGUAAAAGAGCAAGAGUCGCGCUCGGAUCUCAGCCGACAGGAGGUCUGUUCGGUGCUCCCGGCGCCCCUCCACCACCGCCACCACCCGCACCCGCCCCGUCCAGGGCUUCGAGGAUAAUGAACCCGUUCACCUCCAUGUUCCAAUCCGCACCGCAAGCGCAGGCGGCGCCAACCGAUUCGGCUUUCUUUGGUGCCCCAUCUGCGUAUGGUGUUUAUCCUCCUCCCCCACCUGCGGCGCCCGCAUCGUUCGCAUCGAGCAAUUCGAGUUCCCCGGCUCUCUUCGGCAGUGUUUCUGCCCCCCUGACCAGUGCCACGUACCUCCCAUCCGGUAACAUCUUUGGAGGGAGUGCUGGGAGCCCCGUGCCCCCUAGUACUACACCUGAUGACUCGAUGGCUAAAAAACUAUCGGCCGGCCUCUUCUCGAGGAAGAAGUCAUCGGCAUCUCCCCGCGCGGACAGCACAUGGGAUGAGGAAGUGGCGGAUAAGGGCCGCGGCGGGCAGCAGCUGACGGGGGACAACCUGCAGGACAUCAUCUCCCUGCAGGAGUUCUCCGGGAACUGGGGGUGGACCGACUCGCUGGAGAAGAUCACCGGCGUGAGGCGCGAUGCGGCCAAGGCCGCCGCGGGGGCGUCGGGGCUGGACCUCGACAGCCGCAGCCCGGAUAUCCUGUCGACCGUGUGCGCCGUUGUGUUCCUCCGUAUCAAGCUCGCGGAUGAGAAGGAGGCGUGGGAGAUGAUUGCCUCCAAGGCCGUGUCGUGGCUUGAGGAGCAGCUGGGGAGCGAGGAGGAGAUUCAGAAGUGGGAGCUGGUGCUGGAGGGGUUGUUUGCUGGGUCCAAUUGA